AUGGCUCCCAAACAGCAGUCGGGACAGACAAAUGUCCAUAGUGGGGUGAGCACGGCAAAGCUCGACAACUAUGUUCCUGUUUUCAGCAACAACAUGCAAGACUACAGAGAAUUUCGCAAACGCUGUGAGAUCUACAGAAAGAAGAUGCAGUUGGGCAAUCGCACCAAUGAGGUGGUCUACAACCUGGUCACUCUGAUGACUGGGAAGGCUUGGGAUUUGGCCGAAGACAUGACCAUGGAACAAAUGUCAGGUGAUGAUGCAUAUGAUCUUUUGUUUACACGGCUGGACAGAGGAUUUCGAUUCGAUCCAUUGACAGAGUUGCCGGACGACUUCGAGCAGUACUUUGUGAAGCUUCAGCGAAAACCACACCAGACAUUGCAAGAUUACAUGAAUGAUUACACCAGGUGUGAGAGAAGGCUGAAGGUGACCCACAAUGUUGAGCUGCCGGAGAAAGUGAGAGCUUGGUGGUUCCUUCGACGGUCAGGGAUCACGAAGGAGCAACGGCAGCUGAUCCUAACGAAUACAGGGACCACUGGACUGACGAUUGAGGAGGUUGCAUUGGCAGAGCAUUGUGAGCAGGUGUAUGACGUUGAUGAGUAUGAUGAUGUGCUUGCAAAUUAUCAAGAUGCCAAAGCACAGAUGAACGCCCUUCGUACAUCUCGUGGCUUCUACCCCGUUGACGGAGGUGCAGCAUCGGUGUUGGGAUCAGCAUGUCAGAUUCGCAAAUACCUUCGUUUUCUGUUGGAACAGGGCUACAACAUCCACGACAUCCCAAUGUUUCAUUGUGAGAAAGGCUUCAAGUAUGGCAACAGCAUGAAGGAAACCACCAACAGGUGCAUGGUUCUACCCGUGUUCCUGAGCAACAGUCGCAUUGAUGUGUUGACUUAUGUGAUUCAAGGUACAGCUCCCAUCUUGGUCGGACGACCGAUGCUGGAGAAGUUAGGGCUCAUCGUUGACUACCGGUCAAAACAGAUGAAGUGGCCAGAUACCGACUGGGAGGAACUUCCAACAGGUUCAAAAGGUGAGCACCUAUUGCACCUUGGCAAGGACAUUCGUCGAUGCAUUGCACAAGAACCCACCAUGGUUUUGUUGCCAGAGGACGUUGAAUCGCACGUUGGCGAACCUAUCGAACAAGGAGCGCAGAAGUUGCUGGAGGAGGUCAUGAUUGCCGAAAACGCCAAUCCGGCGUUGGAGCCCACGCAGACAGUCACGUCGGCUCACACACGUCGUGUGAACGACGGCGUUGAGGAGAUCGAGACGGUCAAACGACUUCACGGUCACAUGCUGCGAAAGUUUGAGAGACAGGCGGAGGAGGCAUGUCGUCGUGGGGACAAGAUCAUGCGUGAGGAGGACGAACCGGAAUCCGUUCUUGCAGAGGAGGAUGGAGAUGUUGAGAUGAUCCCAGUUGAGCAACAGCCACAGCAGCUGGAAGCACAAGCAGAAGUUCCAGAUGUUGAGCAAGACAUCCUCAAGUACUACCGCGAAGAUGCUGAAAAGGAGGUGGAUUCAGUGACAAGCAAUGCACAGCUUCGCACCCAAGUCGGCAAGGCAGCAAUGAACUAUGUGGUGAGACUUCACAAGAAUCUCGGACAUCCCGGGACAGAUGUGUUGUGUCGAAUGCUUGAGGAAGCGCAAGCUACAGACAAUGUCAUGACAGCAGCAAAACGAUAUGUGUGUCCAGAGUGCUACAUCAGGCAAGGCCCUGCUGGAGUUCCCCCAGCAGCUGGACUCACUGCCCGUGUUUUUGGUGAACGUCUUCUUGCAGAUACAGCUUGGAUUGACACCGAUGACGGCAGAAUUCAGGCAAAACGUCUAGCUGCACAGAUGGCUUUCUUGAAGGCAGACUCUGAUGCAAGGCUUCGUCGAGCAAUGCAACAGAACUUCAAGAGGACAAAGCAUCACAUUGUUGUUGGACAGAUGUGCUACUACUGGCGCAUUCAGAAAAUUCAGAGGUCAGGCAUCUUGCAGAAGAACAAGUGUGGCGAGGACCAGCUCGCUGCGUGGCUGAGGAGAAAGAUGAUGAAGGAAAGCAGUUAG